AUGUCAUGGAACCAGCUGAGAGAAUUUCAGAUCGCCGGACAUGCCAUCCGUCCUCGCCGCACUCCCCUUCUCUCGCCACGAUUCGCCCAGCUCCAAAAGUCCUUUCUCUCUACAAAGACUCGACAAGCGAUCGAUAAGGCAGUAGCGUCUGCGCCGGUGGUGCUUUUCAUGAAAGGGACACCAGAGACACCUCAGUGCGGAUUCUCGAAAGCAAGCGUACAAAUUUUGGGGCUGCAAGGUGUGAAUCCACAAAAGUUCACUGCCUUCAAUGUGCUGGAAGAUGAGGAAUUGAGACAAGGCAUUAAGGAGUAUUCCGACUGGCCUACAAUACCUCAGCUGUACGUGGAGAAGGAAUUUGUCGGAGGAACUGAUAUCAUGAUGUCGAUGCACCAAGACGGCAGCUUAGCGAAGUUGCUCGAGGAGAAGGAUGUCUUGAUCCCCGCAGAGAGCGACAGCAGCUCGUAA